AUGGAUCUUGCCUGUGUGGCCUUGAAAAUCAAUUCUCAUUUGGUUCAUGCAAGAAAAGAUGGCUUUGGCAAUGGAGACAAUGCAUUUCUGGGGGAGAGAAUUAGAGGGAGUCUUAAUAACAAUGUUUGGGUCAAUCAGCUGACAAACAGCUUGAAAACAGAUAAGAAAGAAAACAAGAUCAAAACUGGUGCUUUUGCUGUUCUCACAUCAAAUACACCAGAGAAGCCAUUGUAUACCUUACAACCACGUCGAGUUGAGAGACGAAGAGUUGACCCCAAAAAUGUGGCUUCAAUCAUAUUGGGAGGAGGAGCAGGGACUCAUCUCUUUCCACUAACCAGAAGGGCGGCUACACCUGCUGUCCCAGUUGGAGGAUGCUAUAAGCUGAUAGACAUUCCAAUGAGCAACUGUAUCAACAGUGGGAUAAACAAGAUUUUUGUUUUGACCCAGUUCAACUCAGCUUCCCUCAAUCGGCACCUUGCACGCACGUAUUAUGGCAAUGGUAUCAAUUUUGGGGAUGGGUUUGUGGAGGUUCUGGCAGCCACUCAAACAUCAGGAGAGGCAGGGAAGAAGUGGUUCCAAGGAACUGCAGAUGCUGUGAGGCAAUUUAUAUGGGUAUUUGAGGAUGCAAAGAAUAGGAACGUUGAGAAUAUACUGAUCUUGUGUGGGGAUCAUCUCUAUCGAAUGGAUUAUAUGGAAUUUCUACAGAGUCAUGUUGACAGUAAUGCUGAUAUUACAAUUUCUUGUGUGACGGUGGACAACAGCCGUGCAUCUGAUUAUGGACUGGUGAAGAUAGAUGGCAGGGGCCGUAUUGUCCAGUUUGCUGAAAAACCAAAGGGUCCUGAUUUGAAAGCAAUGCAAACAGAUACUACUCUUCUAGGGUUGUCUCCCCAAGAAGCUAUGAGAUCCCCUUACAUUGCAUCAAUGGGAGUCUAUGUAUUUAAGACAGAUCUUUUAUUAAAGCUUCUGAGAUGGAGAUUUCCUACCUCCAACGACUUCGGCUCUGAAAUCAUUCCUGCUGCAGUGAUGGAGCAUGAUGUCCAGGCGUAUAUUUUCAGAGACUACUGGGAAGAUAUUGGAACGAUAAAGUCAUUUUAUGAAGCCAAUUUAGCCCUCACUGAAGAGUUUCCCAAAUUCGAGUUUUAUGACCCAAAGACACCUUUCUAUACGUCUCCUCGAUACUUGCCACCAACCAAAAUUGAUAAAUGCAGAAUUAAAGAUGCAAUAAUCUCCCAUGGAUGCUUCUUGCGAGAAUGUAGUGUCCAAUGCUCAAUAGUAGGUGAACGCUCACGUUUGGACUAUGGCGUUGAGCUUCAGGACACGGUAAUGUUGGGGGCAGACUGUUACCAAACUGAAUCUGAAAUUGCAUCACUACUAGCAGAUGGUAAGGUCCCAAUUGGAAUUGGACGCAAUACCAAAAUCAGGAACUGCAUAAUUGACAAGAAUGCUAAGAUAGGAAAAGAUGUGAUCAUUGUGAACAAAGAUGGGGUUCAAGAAGCGGAUAAGCCAGAGGAAGGAUUUUAUCUCCGGUCAGGAAUCACCAUCAUACUAGAGAAGGCAACAAUAGAAGAUGGUACAGUUAUUUAAAUGAAUCUUAAUGCUUCCAUGGACAGCUCAGAGAUUGGAAUUGAACGUGCACCAUUGAAAACAGUCAGGUCAUGACCCUCUACUGGAAGAGGUUCUGAAGGUGGCAUAUGCAGCAUUUUUUGCCGCAGAAAAAACCAAGCUGCUUUUCUCUCAUUUACAUUCAUAGAUGUAAUUACAAGUUCUUUCUGCAGUGUAAAAUAGAUAUUAGAUCUCAAUACCUCGUGGAAGUUCCCAAAAUAAAUCAGGUGGCUUAGUAGCCCCUUGUUUCUUUUUACAAUUAGUAGAAUUAAAUCUUUUGAGAGACUGAAAGGCUGUUGCUUUUAUUUAUCCAUUUGAUGUCCAUAUCAUCAUGCUACAAUAAGUAGGUUAUGUCAUUCUCUCUGACACUGAGGGCACGGUUUCUCA